AUGAUAUUGCUUCAGUUUGAAAUCACUUUUAUUCCCCUACGUGUUGUGAAAGGGCAGGCCGUCGCCAACUUCCUUGCGGCACACCUGUUGCCGGUAGAAUCUCCUUUGAAUGAUGAUUUACCUGAUGAGCAAAUUAUGAGUUUAAAGGAACCUAACAAUCAAGUGUGGGAGAUGUAUUUUGAUGGAGCUGCGUCCUCCCAACGGGGCAAAGUACAUCAACCUACUAUCCCUAGAAAAGUUGGAAUUGGCCUGGUCUUCAUAACACCGGAUAAGGAAAUGAUGUACUUUUCCUACCAUUUAUCAGAACCUUGUACAAAUAAUGAGGCUGAGUACGAAGCUCUGAUAACUAGCCUGGAACUUACAAUUCCAAUGGAGAUUAAAGAGAUUAAAAUCUUUGGUGACUCUCAAUUGGUGAUCAACCAGAUUGCAGGGACAUAUAAGGUUUUGAAUCCUAAACUCCUGAAGUACCACCAGUACACCAGUCACUUGCUCGAGCAAAUUCCCAUCGUAACUAUGUAUAGGAUUCCCCGUGGAAGCAAUUCUUCAGCGGACACUCUUGCAAAGCUUGCAAAGGAAUUUUCCUAUGGUCCAUAUCAGAUCUGGAACCCGCUCGUUCCACCUGGGAUUCGAACCCGGGUCUUCUGGCCAGACCACGUGGGCGACGUGGCGCCAUAUGGGCGCUCGGAUCAGACCCCGUCUGAUCUGAUUGGACGGCUGCUAUCCUUGCCAACGUGGUUAAGUGACCACGCAGAGUCACGCCACGUGUCCAGGCUGCGGCGCAGUGCCACCGUCCAGCCAAUCAUUGCCAAUGAUUGGUUUGGCGGCGCUGGCGGCCCGAUUUGA